AUGUCUACAUCUAUAACGUUGGCCACGGCUAGGGAGGCGGAUGAGGCUCUCUCUACUAUAAAUGAUGUUUUUGCCCACCACUCUGCGUACGCUGCUGUGCUAGCCUACAUCGAUUGUGGAUUGUUCAUGGUCGUAGCGGUGUUCUUGAUGCGGCAAUUGAUAAGGCAGAGGAGAGAGGAGAAGAGAGCUGAUGCAAUACCGCCGAUAUCUCUAACUGGUGGUCGAACAAGAUUCCUUUUCCUAUUGACUUUGUGCAUCUCCAAUGCUGCCAGAGCGCUCUCCCUCAUUUUUGAUGCCAUCAUUCACCUCGAAGUUCGCAUGCACAAUCUGAAUCACCCUGUCCAGGCCUGGACCAACGAUGUUUUCAUGACAUUCCCUUCGUUGCUCUUCCUCUCUACCUACAGUAUAGUCAUUUUAUUCUGGGCGCAAGUGUACUAUGCUGCGGUGUUGGUUUCGCAUCCCUUGCUACGACCAGUUUGUAUAUUCAUAAACAUUGCUGUGUGA